GGUAGUUGAUGUAUAAUUUUGACCAAAUUUCAUCUUCAAAAAUCAAUUGAAUCUUAAUUACUACAGUUUACAGUAAUAAUAAUCUCCAUGAUUCGAAGGCUUUUGAACUCUUCUCUCACCCAUCUUCCAGUUCCAUCUCUACAACCACCACUCAAAACACAACCCAAAAACAACUUUAACUUCUUCUUCCCCAUUUUGAAUUCAACUACCCAUAACCGUUUCUCCCACAUGGGUGAUGCUCGCAGACCCUCACCGGUCCCCAUCCCAUCUCUCGACAAAGCCGACCGCUCCGAACUGCUCCGUGCCCUAGAAGCUUCCUUAGGUUCGUCCUUCAGUUCUGAACCUCUAAACCCUAACCCUAAACCUCUCAUUAUCGUAAUCAGUGGUCCCAGCGGCGUCGGAAAAGACGCUCUCAUCUCCCGCCUCCGUGACUCCCGUCCUGGUAUCCACUUCGUCGUCACCGCCACCACUCGUCCCCGGCGUCCCUCCGAAACCGACGGAAAAGACUAUCUCUUCGUUUCGAAAGACGAGUUCUUAAAAAUGGUGGAAAAAGAUGAGCUUCUCGAGUACGCUUUGGUUUACGGCGAUUACAAGGGGGUUCCGAAGCAGCAGAUUAGGGAUUUCAUGGCGAAAGGAUACGACGUCGUUUUGAGAGUUGAUAUUCAAGGUGCGCAGACUUUGAGGAAGGUUUUGGGGAAAUCGGCUGUUUUUGUGUUUUUGGUGGCGGAGAGUGAGGUGGCUAUGGUGGAGAGGUUGGUUGAUCGGAAUACGGAGACGGCAGAGUCGUUGCUUGUUAGAAUUGGAACUGCUAGAGAGGAAAUGAAGCAUGUGAAGAAUUUUGAUUAUGUUGUUGUGAAUGCUAAGGAUAAGCUUGAAAAUGCUGUGAAAUUGUUGGAGUCUAUUAUUGAUGCUGAGAAAGCUAAGUUAGGAAAUUGGGGAUGAACUUCAUUGAAAUUCAAGGUGUUAUUAGAGGAAGGAGGGGUUGGAUUGCAAACUUUGCUCUAGCACGUGGUUUUCUCCCAUUCGAAAUGUCAAAUCUCCUCCAACUCCAAGGGAAGGGAUUGUUAUUUGUGCAAACCUCUGCAAUUUGAUCGGCUGAAGUAAUUUGAGUAAAAGUGCAUUUGAUUUAUACUUGAUUUACAAUAGGUCUGAUUUAUACUAUAAAUUCAGAUAUCUAUACUUGAUUUACAAUAGGUCUGAUCUCUUUCUGGACUCUGCUGUGACGGGUUUUGUAAUACUAUGUUUUUGUUUUUAGGAUUGUGAUUGUAUAUAAAAAUCAAAUUAUAAUUUUAACUA